CUCAGUUUUAGGUAAGUCAUCGCUAUUGCCUAGAAUAACCUGCCUCUUCAGCCCGAGGGAAGCAGAGAGGCGCCUUCUUCUCCUUAAAGCCUGCAGAGCCCAAGCGUCUUGGAGCAUCUUUGGGGUUGACACAGCAGAGGUUCCAGGCAUACACAACCACUCCAGCCAGGAGGCUGCCAUGCCCCACAUUCCUGAGGAUGAGGAGCCCCCUGGAGAGCCACAGGCAGUCCAAACCCAAGACUCUCCCUCUGCAGGACCGUUUCACAGUCCUCCCACAAUCAUCCUGACGGGGGAUGCCAGUUCACCUGAAGGAGAAACCGACAAAAACCUGGUCAACAGAGCUCCCAGCCCCCACCGCAGGCUUUCCCACCGACAUCUGAAGGUCUCCACGGCUUCGCUGACUUCUGUGGAUCCCACAGGAAACGUCAUUGACCUGGUAAAUGACCAGCUGCCGGACAUCAGCAUCUCAGAGGAGGACAAGAAGAAAAAUCUGGCGCUUCUGGAAGAAGCCAAGUCGGUGAGUGAGCGAUUCCUGGCCCGCCGCGGGAGGAAAUCAAGGAGCAGCCCCGGAGACUCCCCAUCAGCGGUUUCCCCAAACCUCAGCCCUGGAGCUUCUCCUGUGCCCUCUAGAAGCUGCUCGCUCACCAUCUCCACACCACCAGGUUUCGACACGUGCAGUGGCCCGCAGUCCCCUUUGCCAGGAGGACCACCACAGAAGGGGCAUGAGGCCGACAUCUCCUCAUCUCACCUGGGAGAGCCUAUUGUCUCCAAAGGGCUAGCCGACCGGAAGCAGAAUGACCAGAGAAAAGUGUCUCAAGGCAGACUGGCUCCUCGCUCUCCUACACUGGAGAAAUCCAAAGAACUUAGAGUAGAACAAAAGGAAAACUUUGAUCCCCUUCAGCAUCCAGAGGCGACGCCCAUGGCUCAGGCUUCAGGAGCAAGCAUCAGUGGGAAAAUGGCCCUGAACAGCCCCCAGUCUGGUCCCGCUGAGAUGGAACUCGGGAGGCAGCUCCAGAAGAUAGCCAAGGAAGGCAGCCCUUUGCCCCGAGGUGCAGUCCAAGGCUCAGGAGGAACUGUGUCCCCACAUCCGCAGGGACAAGGCUCUGCAGGAGAGCCUGUGGGGCUUAAGGCUGGUCCCAAAGCUGAGCUGCGGCCCCCAGUGUCCCGCCCCCCGUUAAUACGGGGAGUCUCUUGGGACAGCAGCCCUGAGGAACCUGGUCCCCUGCUGCAGAAGGUACUUGCCAAGCUGCCUCUGUCAGAGGAAGAGAAGCGGUUUCCAGGCAAAGCCAAGCUAGCCAAGCCGCCUGGGCUCAAAGACUUCCAGAUACAAGUGCAACCUGUGCGCAUGCAGAAACUGACUAAGCUUCGGGAGGAACAUAUCAUGAUGAGAAACCAGAACCUGGUGGGGUUCAAGCUUCCUGAACUGAGUGAAGCUGCGGAGCAGGACAAAGGGGUCUCUUCUGAACUCGCCCCAGCUGCUGAGGAAGAAGAGUCGAAGAGUGGUCUGGACGUGAUGCCUAGCAUUUCUGACAUACUGCUGCGCAAACUGAGGGUUCAUAAGACGCUCACCGGAAGUGCCCCUCCACUCUCUGAGAAGGAAGUUGAGAACGUGUUUGUACAACUGUCCUUGGCCUUUAGAAAUGACAGCUACACCUUGGAGUCUAGAAUUAACCAGGCUGAAAGGGAACGCAACCUGACGGAAGAGAACACUGAAAAGGAGCUGGAGAACUUCAAAGCUUCCAUUACGUCCUCAUCCUCCAUCUGGUACCACUGUGAGCACCGAGAGACCUAUCAGAAGCUUCUCGAAGACAUCGCCGUCUUACAUCGUCUGGCUGCCCGCCUCUCCAGCCGGGCUGAAGUGGUGGGGGCUGUGCGCCAGGAAAAGCGCAUGUCAAAGGCAACGGAAGUGAUGAUGCAGUAUGUGGAGAAUCUGAAGAGAACGUACGAGAAGGACCAUGCCGAGCUCAUGGAAUUUAAGAAACUCGCAAAUCAGAAUUCAAGCCGCAGCUGUGGUCCCUCUGAAGAUGGGGUCCCACGCACGGCGCGAUCUAUGUCCCUCACGAUGGGCAAGAACAUGCCCCGCCGGAGGGUCAGUGUUGCUGUGGUUCCCAAGUUUAAUGCCCUGAACCUUCCUGGCCAAGCCCCCAGCUCAUCACCCAUCCCCUCCCUACCGGCUCUGUCUGAAUCGCCCAACGGAAAAGGCAACAUAGCCGUCCCCCCGGUGCUGCCUGCACUUUUGGAAAAUGGAAAGACAAAUGCAGAGGCCGACUGUGAAGCUUGUGCCCCCGUGUUGCUCCCUAGCUGCCUGGAGGACGUGAGCCAGGAGAGCAAGGCCAGGGCAGAGGAAGAGGUCUACAGCAAAGGAUACCAGGAAGGGGUAAAGAAGACAGAAGAACUUCAGGACCUGAAGGAGGAGGAAGAGCAGAAGACAGAGAGUCCCGAGGAACCAGCAGAGGUAGAAGAAACUGAGGAGGAAGAGAAGGAGCAGAGAAGCAGCAAACUUGAAGAACUGGUCCAUUUCCUACAAGUCAUGUAUCCCAAACUGUGUCAACACUGGCAAGUGAUCUGGAUGAUGGCCGCGGUCAUGCUGGUCUUGAGCAUUGUGCUUGGCCUCUACAACUCCUAUAACUCGUGUACAGAGCAGACCGAGGGGCCCCCUGGGAGAUCCACCUGCUCCGCGGCCCAGCGGGACUCGUGGUGGAGCUCAGGACUCCAGCAAGAGCAGCCAGCGGAGCAGUAGGGCCUCAGAGUCCUUAGCCAUGCCCUCCUCUAGUGCAUUCACCCCACACCCUGCCCCCGCGUACAGUGUGCCAGGCCCAGGUGUGCCCAUGUGGCCACCCAUCCCAUUGGGGAACAAGGAGGCUUUCUCUUCCCCCUCGUCACCUCCGUGGAAGCUACUCAAACACCAUAAGCUGAUGGUUUGAAGGGAUCAGCAAAACUGCUCUGGAAAAGUGUCUGGUGGACAAAAAGUGACCUUCACGAAGGACUCUGACACAAGGGAAGAGCCCUGCCCCUGACCCGGAGGGCUGGGAGAACUGAAGGCCCUUCAUUCAGGGGACAGCGAGAAGCCUGCUCUCUCUUUUCCUCCCUAUGCUUCAUAAUCAGGAAGAGUUGCAGUUAAUGGCCAGUACUGACCAUAAGGAUCAGACCUGGGACUUGGAGUCACAGCGUGGAUAUCUUCCCACUUCAUUUGCCACAACCACUCUUUAGCCUUCUCUCUCUCCUUCAGAAUCACCAUUUCUUGUCAGAGCGUGGGGAAGCUUCCUCAGAAAAGUACACAGGCUAAAAGUAGCCCCAUGCUCGAAAGGGAGCAGGAAGAUGCGAGUUAAUAUAUAGCGUAUCUUUAUGCAUCUAGACUGUACACACGACAUGUUUGUGCACAGACACCCACUCUCUGGAAGUGUGUUCCGCUCAGUGGUAGCCAUAUUGUGCCAAGCAAUUGGUUUUCACUGGGUAUGGAACAGUAGUCACCAGGCAUCAAUACAGGGAGCCCUCCACACACUCUGAAGAUGUUUGAACGUCCUAAGAAAUCACGUCUGCAUUGCACGUCGGGUGCCAGUUUGGAGCUGCUCUUCGGCACGGUCUGUCCCCUGGUGGUGCAGUGCCUUUGAAAGUGAUCCUACGUAGCCAACCCACCCCUUGGGUAAGAAAAGGUGUGCCUUCCACUCCAGACUCUCACUCUGCCUUGCACCUCAGGGCUGCCGUUCUCAUGCUGUUUCCUGCCCAAAUAUGUCCUUUGGAAGACCUGCUCAGCAUCAAACGGAAGGAGCGGAGCGCAUCUCACCUCCAGCACGGCAUCUCUCCCACGGUUCAGCUGUUGCCCUCAUUCGGCUCUCAUCAGUAGAGACAGGACUUCUGUGGUGGUUGCUUUUCAUUCUAUGGUGUUGCUAACACUCAUGUAGACCUUAUUGUGAGUCAAAACUGUCUCAGUGUUAUAUAGGUAGUGAUUCAUUUAGUCCUUAGGAAAAACAAAAUCUGAAAUGGGUGUUUCUCUUUCUCUGUUCAAAAAAGGAAACAGAAGCAUAAACGAUACAAGAACACAUACACACACACAAACAUACAUACACACACACACACACACACACACACACACUGAUUCAACUUGUCAAGCAUAUAUAGCUAGUAAAUAAGUCAUUUGAACUAGAGUGGCCUAGCACCAGGGUUGUACCCCUGACCCUUCUUCUAUGGUCUCUCACCUAGGCGCCCUCCAAUCUGAUCCCACCCCUGCCCAGCUGGCCCUUCUGUUGUUUCAAACCUGCCAUGGUUCCUAAAUGAAAUUGUUACUCCUGCUGUAGGUCA